ACAUCUGUCACCUCAUUCCCACAUCUUGUCAACCCUCUUCCAGCCCCACACUUGCCUGUGCCAUUGCCCUCCCACACACUCUCAUCAUUGGUGCCAGACCUGUCCAGCCCUGAUACUCACCAGCUGGAGCCCUGCCAUGUUUGGUCCACAAGAGUAGCCCUGGCCAGGGCCUGUGCCAGGACACGUUCCCCAGCCUUUCCUUCCUGUGAGAUAUUUAAAGCCUGCUUGGUGCAGGGGGAUUUGAGGCCUGAGCUCAGCACAGGAAGCAGUGAGGGCUCAGCCAGGGACAGCUUUGAAGCACAUUUAGAAAAAAGCCCCCAAAGUGCUCAGCUGCUUGGCAGAGCCCAGAGCCCCUUUGCUUCCUGGGGCACACACACAGGGCUCGGGGAACUCUCACUAAAGCAUCCCACUGCAUCCUCAGUGUGGACAGUCCACAUCCUAUUCUGGGUGCUCCAUAUGGAGCCCAGAGCAAGCACAAGAGUCUGCACUCUGGGAGCUGCUGCAGCCUGAUACCACAACCAGUUCUGGGGCUGGCUCUAGCCAAAGCCCAAGAUGGUCCUUUCCACCCCUGGCUGAUGUUUGUGCUCUUCUCUACAUCUGCCCUAUGUGUCAGGAGGACCUGGUUAUAUUCCUCUGCCUCAUGGUUUGGCACAGUACAGCCCUGCACUGUGUUUGGGAAGCACAAAACUCUUUUCCGCGCCUUGAGACUGUGCCAGCGGCCCCAUUAGUGCCAGCGUGGUAGCACGUUGGUGCCUUUGGCGUCCUAUGCCCAUAUCUUCUGAGAGUACAGCUGCACCCUGUACCAGCGUGGUGGGAGAGUCAGCAGCACACCCGAGCAGCAUCCGGACAUGGCAGCCAGGUGCUGAGCACACUCCCCCCAACAGGGACAGUCAUGUCUCAGCUCCAGCUGUAGCCCUGCUGAGCUCUUACUGUGACAGUCUUUGCUUACACCAAGGACUGAGGGACAGCAUCUGCAACCCUGCAGCACCAAGGUGGUGGCAGGAAAACCUCCCACUCAGGCAUCACCACCAACACACCCCAGCCUUGAUGGGGUGCUGGGUGCACAGUGUCACCCUGUGCCCCCCCGAGCUGAGAUGCUCCCAGUGCUUCAAGGCUGGAUGGAGACACACAUGUCAGGGAUGAGCUUUACCCUUCCUUGGAUGAACAUGGAGGCCAUCGUGUUCCCUGCUGCGGCUCCACGCCUCAGCAUGACAAGACCUGGGGAUGUGCCAGCCUGGCUGGGCACAGCUUUGGACAGUGCAGUAACACAGUCAGCCUGGGGAAGCGCCGAGUGUGAACCCCCCCCGGCUUCUUCCAGCCACAUCUCCAUGGGUAGGCUGUGGGGAGCACCCAGAGGUGCUGCCAGGGGACACCUAUGCCAUCCUGCACCUUGGCCCUCUUUCCAGAGGCCACUGCCUCCCUCAGUUCUCUGGUCUCGGGGCUUACUGCAGGGAAUGGCAGGAACAUCCCCUCCCAGGCUAGAAUACAAAGCCGGCUGCGGUGCCAGCCGAGCAGAGCUGUGCUGAUGCGGGUCGCGCUGGGAUGGCGGCAGAGCAGGACUGAACCCCCCGCUCCGGACGCAGGAAUCCAGCUAGAGUAAACAAAUGAGUAACGCGGGGCAAGGUGGGACCAGUGCUGGCACUGGUGGGAGGAACACAGCAUGGAACUGAGCCAGAAAGGCAUCUGAAGCCAUUGGAAGCAGCUGGAUGCAGUUGGAGGCUAUGGAGUCCUUCAAUGGCAGUGCAGCCACCCGGCCAGACACAUGCUUCGGGGUGUUCAAUGCCAGCGACAGCCAAGGCAGUGCCCACAACAGCAUUGCCUCGCCCUGGUUCUCCACAGCUUUCGGCCUCAUUGGCCUUUGCUCCAACCUCUUCGCCCUCUGCGUCCUGCUCAGCUCGUCCCGCAAGCUGUCCAGCCAGGCCCGCUCCUCCUUCCUCAUCUUCCUCUGCGGGCUGGUGGUCACAGACUUCAUCGGGCUGCUGGUGACAGCCUCGGUCAUCAUCCCCUACCACUUCAUCAAGUUUGCCUGGGCCAAGGUGGAUCCUGGCUGCCAUCUCUGCAAUUUCCUUGGUUUUUCCAUGGUUUUCUUUGGGCAGUGCCCAUUGCUGCUCGGGGCCACCAUGGCUGGUGAGAGGUUCUUUGGCAUCAACCACCCUUUCUCCCGCUCCACCAGCGUUUCCAAGCGCCGUGCGUGGUCAAUCGUGGGCCUGGUGUGGGGCUUCUCCUGCCUGCUGGGGCUGCUACCCGUGCUGGGGCUGGGCAGGUACACACUGCAGUACCCUGGCUCCUGGUGCUUCCUCACCCUCCUGCCCAACACUGGUGAUAUCAUCUUCUGCCUGCUCUUUGCCCUGCCGGGCAUCUUCUCUGUGCUCCUCUCCUUCAUCUUCAACACCAUCAGCGUGGUGACACUCUGCCGUGUUUACCAUGACCGGGAGUCUGUGCAGCGCCGCCGGGACAGCGAGGUGGAGAUGAUGGUGCAGCUCGUGGGCAUCAUGAUCAUCGCUACCAUCUGCUGGAUGCCUCUCCUGAUCUUCAUCGUCCAGACAGUCUUGCAGCAGCUGCCAGCCAGUGGGCAGCUCCAGGUUCUGCCCGUGGAGACACAGAAAAUGCUGCUCAUCUACAUCCGUAUGGUCACCUGGAACCAGAUCCUGGACCCCUGGGUCUACAUCCUGUUCCGCCGCGCCGUGCUGCAGCGCAUCUACCCCAGCCUGCGCCCCCGGCCCUCCAUCCUCUCUCUCUACCCUGCCUUCAAACCCUCUCUGCGCCACAAGUUCUCCACAGACUCUGGCCAGUAGUAGCAGCCCCCAGGGACAGGUCAGCUCCCAUCCCUCUCCUCCAGAUUAGUUAAUUGUCCCCUUUGCCUGCACCUCUAGGGUCUCCCCACCCACCCUGUGCCUGGCAGCCAAAAGAGUGGCAGGGGACACAGGGCUACUUUUCCCUCCCCAUCCCCAUCCAAGUGUCCACCUCCCAAUAAAACACAGCU